GGCGGAGCAGUGGGGACCCUGGCCUGAAUCUUUCCCGUUGCCUCCGUCCGGAUCUGUGAUGGUGGAAAUAGUUGAGGAUCAUGGAAACAUGACAGCCCACCAAGGCCAGCUCAACAGAAAGUUGGAAUCUGCCUUUUGACAUGUGCAUAAAACAUUGGCUACAAGUAGCUCUGCUAGCAAAUUGAUUCUCAUCUCACCUGCAUCUUAAUCCUUUACAACCACUGUUUUGACUUGGAAACAAAACAAGCCACAACAACGAACACCAUCCAAGCGCAACCGCGAUAAAAAAAGAUGCCGGCCGGAGACUCGGGAUCCGACCCCCGGCAGCCCGACGUCUCACUCCGGGAACGCCGCCGGCCCUCGACCGCCUCAACCGCUUCCGCCUCCGGAGUCUUUUCCUCCGCCGCCGACUCCCUUUUGGAAACCGCCAAGGAUGUCGAACACCGGAUCGAGGACGCCUUAUUGAUGCUGUGGGAUGAACUCCCCCAAUGGCGUCGCGACAACCACUUCAUCCACUCGGGCUACCGCCGCACCUCCAACAGCUAUCAGAAGUCCUUCUGGUCCAUCUUCUACCUGCACAAUGAGUUUGUCAACAUCUGGACUCAUCUCCUGGGCGCCAUCUUAUUCACCUUUGGCGGCUUCUUCCUCUACAACGUCAUUGCCCCGAGAUACGAGUCCGCCUCCGAGUCUGACGUCCUCGUCUUCACCUGUUUCUUCUUGGGCGCUUUCUGCUGCCUGGGUAUGAGCGCUACGUACCAUACCCUGUCAAACCACAGCCCCGAGGUGGCCAAGUGGGGAAACAAGCUGGAUUACACCGGAAUCGUCUUUCUCAUUAUCGGAAGCUAUGUGCCAACCAUGUACUAUGGCUUUUUUUACUAUCCUAGCUUAUUGACCUUUUACCUGAGCAUGAUCUGUCUCCUGGGUCUUGGGUGCAUCACCGUUUCUUGGUUUGAGCACUUCCGCACUCCCGCCUGGCGCCCUUACCGCGCCAUGAUGUUCGUCGGUCUCGGCGCAUCCGGAGUCGUUCCCAUCCUUCACGCCUUGACCUUCAACUCUUUCAGUCAACUGGAUGAGCGCAUGGGACUCAGAUGGGUCAUGCUUCAGGGAGCCAUGUACAUCUUUGGUGCCUUCCUGUAUGCUGUUCGAUGGCCUGAAUGCCGGUAUCCCGGUCGUUUUGACAUUUGGGGCAGCUCCCAUCAGAUCUUCCAUGUCUUUGUCGUCCUGGCCGCAGCCACCCACUUGUAUGGCAUGGCCAAGGCUUUCGACUACCAUCAUGCCGUCAUGGGAGGCACUUGCUGAGACCCAGCACAAGUAUCGCAUGUUCAAUACACACUAGAAACAUAGAGCGUGUAAAGAUAGAUAGAUAGGGCAAGUGAGGCGAAUCGAGAUGUGUAACAAGAAGCCGACUUUUUCUCUUGAUACAAUUGGCGCUGUCAUGAUUCGGAGUUAACUUGUGAGUU